AUGUCCUGCUACAACCGGUGCCUGCCCUGCGUGCCAUGCCAGCCCUGCGGCCCAACCCCGCUGGCCAACAGCUGCAAUGAGCCCUGUGUCAGGCAGUGCCAGGACUCCACCAUCGUCAUCCAGCCCUCCCCCGUGGUGGUGACCCUGCCCGGCCCCAUCCUCAGCUCCUUCCCGCAGAGCACUGCCGUGGGCUCCUCCACCUCCGCCGCCGUCGGCAGCAUCCUCAGCUCUGAGGGAGUGCCCAUCUCCUCCGGGGGCUUUGGCCUCUCCGGCUUGGGCAGUCGCUCAAGAGGUGCCUCCCCUGCUAAAUCUGCCGGCGACGGCCCUGGGGAAGGGCCUCGGGGACCCACAAGAUGCUACCGGACUGGGGACGGAGCAUUGGGUUCUUGUUCUCAGAGCGGUUGA